UUCACUACUUUUACCUCCCUUCUUCGCCCCAAGCGAAAGAAAUCCGCAAAUUGUGCCAAAUUUACGUAGCCACGUGGCGUACCCCAGGAUGAAUCGAUUGAUUUACCUUCAUUACUUUCCGUUGAACCAUCACGCGAUAAGCAAGCAAGUUCCGGUCCUGGUGGGACACUUACUGCGAACGCCCCUUAGUCAAACUGAAACAACUGCAACCGGAAUGGGACCAACUGAUGGCCAUCAUGGACCGGUUCCAGUACUUCAACCACUGGACCGAGGAGCAGCGACGGGAUUGCCUGGGGCGGGCCAAAGUACGGACAUUUGAUCCGGACGAUGUCAUCUUCGAGGAGGGCCGAUCUCCCGUCAACUGCGUCCAUUUCGUGCUGUCCGGGAGGUGCAUGGUGCUGCAAUGCUUGAAGCUCAUCAAGACUGUGACGAAGUAUGGAAGCAAUCGGUACCGUCUAGCCGAAGCACGACCCAUCGAAGAUGAAAUCACUCAGUUCCAUCGGAGACGAAACUCACGAUUGGUCGAGCUGCAUCCUCAAUCAAUGCUAAGAACUGCCGAAUCUCCUGAAGACUCAAAGCAACGCCCGCCCCACUUCGAGUAUCACUUCGUGGACAUUGGCAGCUACUCGUGCGGAUCCGUGUUCGGAGUGGGUGAACACAUGGAAGAUCGCUCGGUGGUAGCCCGGGACGUGGUGCAGUGUCUACUGAUUCCGCGCUACUGGCUACUGCAGAAGCCUCAAAGCAUGAACAACGUAUGGAGCCGGAUACGGAUCUUCAUUGAACAGCGGCAACCGUCGCGGCAGAAGUUGUUCGAGUGGUACCUGAAGGAAGUACGCUGGCGACGGCUGCGCAAACAACUCAGGGAGAACGUCGUUGGGGUUCGCGUGAGAAUCAAUUCGACGGACGUAGGCGAUGUGCCGACGUUGAGCCGAAUCGAGGAUAGUGAUGUGUUCAUUUGAUGUGCAAAUAAAACAA